AUGGCCGCUGCCCAAACGCGAGCACGUCGCGUGCUCUUCCUCGUCUCGUUCCUGGACAUGCUGGGCGUCUCGAUGAUCCUGCCGUCGCUCCCACAGUACGUAAAGUCCAUGGACGCUAGCGCUCUGGUCUUUGGCCUGCUCAUGUCUCUCUACGGCUGUCUCCAGUUCCUAGCGGCGCCGCUCGUGGGUAGUUUAAGCGACCGCUAUGGGCGUCAGCGCGUGCUCUUGUCGUGUCUUGCAGGUACUUCCCUGAGCUACUUGGUACUGGCUCUUUCCUGGAACAUUUACGUGGUCUUCAUGUCUCGGAUCUCUGCAGCGCUGUUCAAACACACACUGGACGUUAUUAAAGUGGCCGUGACUGAUGGCGAGCCAGCCAAGAGACGCGCCAUGUUCAUUGGGAGACUUAAUGCUGCUAUUAAUGCUGGAUUCAUUAUAGGCCCAACGGUCGGAGGCUACAUGAGCUCGAUCCCUAAUGGGUUUAACUAUGCGACGCUGCUGACGUCGGUGCUCUUUGGAGUGAACUAUUGCCUCGUGUCACUCUUUUACUGUGAUGUGGAGAGCUGGGAAGCUGUUAAGUCGGUGGAUGAGGUUGCGGCUACGUUAAAAGGCAGAGAAGAGGACGAAUGGGAUUGCUGUGUGGACUGGAGACACGUCCUGCGCAAUGCGUGGAUGAAACUGCGCGGGAUUCGAGACAUUGUGAAAGCGUCCAAGUCGGCGCAGACACUGCUGAUGGCGAGACUGCUGCUGACGAUGGCAGCUAUUUUGUAUCGCACGCACUUCUCCGUGCUGCUCGAGGACAAGUUUGGGAUGGAUUCGAAGGACCGUGGAUUCAUGCUGAGUUACAUGGGCCUGCUAGGUUUCGUCGGUAGCUUCUCGGUUGGGUCGAUCACAAAGUUUGUGAAGUCCGAGAUGUCGGUGCUGCAACUGUCGGUUAUCGCAUACGCGAUGACGUUAUUUGCACUUUCGGGUGCCACAACAAUUCGUACAGCAUAUUUGAUACUUGUACCUCAAGUUAUUUCUAUCAGCAUCAUUCGUGCCAGCUCAUUGGCGCUGCAAACUACGCUCGUUUCACAAGAACAUGUAGGGACCUUUAUGGGUGUCUCUUCGUCCCUGACGUCCGUAUCUAGAACCGUCGGACCAAUUCUAUCAGGAUGGACGUACGUUGCUUCGAUCGAUGGGCCAGCAUACGGUGCAGCAUGUCUUGCUGCGUUCAGCGCUGGGCUUUUGUGCUUCUCACCGCACUUUAUAAAAGCGAGCAGCGACGUACACGGUACUGACGUCGAGGGCAAGAGCAAGUAG